GGUUGGUACGCUCACGUAAGUAACAAACUGACGUCAUGUGCAAAACAUCGUCAUAGAAAGAACAAGGAAGUUGCUAGGUACAUAAAGCUUUGUAGUAAACUAGUCUGUUUAAAUUGUACAAGUGACGACUUUCUGUGAUUGAUUUUUUUUAAAAAAACACUAUUUCAGUGCUGCGUUACUCCCAGUAGUGUGUUCAUCUUGCAUAUAAUGGAUUCAGAAGAGGAAACACUUUAUGAUGAUGGUGAUUCUGGGAAUGAAUCUAGCGGGGAAGAUACUUUUGCAAUGGAAGUUGAGACAAAUAAUGCAAGGGAGCGACAGACUGAUGUUGACGACUAUCCAUACGAAGUAUUAUCAACCGAAGAAAUUGUUCAACACAUGGUAGAUUCUAUCAAAGAAGUGAAUAAUGUUGUGGAGAUUCCAGCCACGACAACUAGAAUUUUAUUGAAUCAUUUUAAGUGGGAUAAGGAAAAGUUAAUGGAAAGGUUUUAUGAUGGAGACCAGGACCAGUUAUUCGCAGAAGCAAGGGUUAUUAACCCGUUCAGAAAGCCUGCCGUCAACAGACCUAAGCCCUUGAAGAAAACAGCAUCUGGCACGGAAGAAUGUGAGAUCUGCUUCAUGGUGCUGAGGUCAUCAAUGAUGACGGGUUUGGAAUGCGGCCACAGAUUUUGCACGCAGUGCUGGGGAGAAUACCUUACCACAAAGAUAAUGGAGGAAGGCGUUGGGCAGACAAUUGCGUGUGCGGCACACGGCUGCAACAUCCUGGUAGACGAUGCCACUGUUAUGCGGCUGGUAAGAGAUGCCAAGGUGAAACUGAAAUACCAGCAUCUCAUCACCAACAGUUUUGUAGAGUGCAACCGGUUAUUGCGGUGGUGUCCCUCCCCGGAUUGCAACAACGCAAUCAAGGUGCAACACGUGGAAGCGCGGCCGGUGACGUGUAAAUGCUCGCAUACGUUUUGUUUUGCGUGCGGCGAGAACUGGCACGAUCCCGUCAAGUGCCAGCUGCUGCGGAAGUGGAUCAAGAAGUGCGACGAUGACUCUGAGACGGCUAAUUGGAUUGCGGCCAACACAAAGGAAUGCCCGAAGUGUAACGUCACCAUAGAAAAGGACGGGGGCUGCAACCACAUGGUAUGCAAGAACCAGAACUGCAAGGCAGACUUCUGCUGGGUGUGCCUAGGCUCGUGGGAGCCCCACGGCUCGUCGUGGUACAACUGCAACCGGUACGACGAGGAGGAGGCGAAGGCGGCACGCAACGCUCAGGAACGCUCUCGCUCCGCGCUGCAGCGGUAUCUGUUCUACUGCAAUCGCUACAUGAACCACAUGCAGUCCCUCAAGUUUGAGCACAAGCUGUAUGCCUCCGUCAAGGAGAAGAUGGAAGAGAUGCAGCAGCAUAACAUGUCUUGGAUAGAGGUUCAGUUCUUGAAGAAAGCUGUAGACAUUCUGUGCCUGUGUCGGCAGACACUCAUGUACACAUAUGUCUUUGCUUACUACCUUUGUAAAAACAACCAAUCCGUCAUAUUUGAGGAUAACCAAAAAGAUCUGGAAAGAGCAACAGAACUUCUUUCUGAAUAUUUGGAAAGGGACAUCACGUCUGAAAACCUUGCAGACAUUAAACAGAAGGUUCAAGACAAGUACAGGUACUGUGACGGCCGACGCAAAGCUCUCCUGGAGCACGUCCACGAAGGCUAUGAGAAGGAGUGGUGGGAGUACACAGAAUGAAUUAUUUUAUUUAUUUUAUCUUCAGUCCAGAGCUGAUUACUACACAUUUUACCAUCUUUUUUUCACAUACUUCAGUUUUAAAGGUCCCGCCAUUCAUUCAUUUAUCCAUUUUCACCCUAAAUUUUUUGGUGGAAAAGCUGAUUAAAUAAAUAAAUGCUUUUUCUCUAUUGUGCAAUUUAUUAUUCGACACAAUUUAUUAUUGGAAAGUCGGUGUUGAAUUCAAUGACAAUUCCGAUUGAUGCGAGAACUAUUCUGUAACGUUGGGUGCCUCGUAGCAGCGUGCAGACGUUUGCGUUGAGGGGCGGGCGUGGAAGUCAGUUUUGAUAAUGCUUCCAGAUGUAAAAUAUAUACAUAAUAUAUAGCAAAAUAUGAGCGUUUGCAUUAUCGUUGUUUUGCUGUUAACGUGUUUUUACAUGCCUUACGUAAUAAAUAUGUUUUCACCAUGUGCUAUCUUGCCAUUAAUUUCUGAAUGCCAUGUUAAAUUAAAAGGAUAAUUGUACAUGUUCUUACAGCACAUCUAUGCAUAUAGGUAUGUCAGGAGUUAAGUAAACCAAAUUUUUUAUAUAAUUUUUUUUUAAAAACUGGCAUGGAUGUGAUGCAUAAAUAAAGUUUUUUGGUACCAAAUCAUAUGAAUACACAGUUGUUUGGAAUCCUUAUUUGUAAUGUCAGCAUUAAUUUGAGCUGUGUGGAGGGGUAUAUAUAUAUUUUAAAUUUAAAUUACUUAUUUUCUGUAAACGGUGCACAUGUCAUGAAUUGAAAAUUGAACGUUAUGUCAUGUAUCUUCUUUCCUGCAUAAUUUGUUCCCUAAAAUAACAUUCAUGCAUGAGUAUUUGUGUUCAUUAGGGACCUGAAAAAAUAGUGAUCGCGAUAAACUCUAAAAAUAACAUGAAUUGUAAUAUUUUGAAGUUAAAAUUUGAUUUUCUAAUUUUUUUUAGUCUUUUACGCGAAUUUCUACGCAAACGAAUGUUACAUUUCCAAAACUAUGCUCUUGUUUUGUACCUCUUUUUCCCAACACCAAGAACCAUCACGUAUCGUCGCAUGCCAGGCAGAGAGCUGGAAAAGCUUAGUUGAAAAACUACACGCUCUACAUCUAAACUGCGUUACCUAUGCCUGUUUUGACCACUGUUUUUUUUUAUUGCCUUUGAAAUGUCAUUUCGGAUGUCAGAUGAAUGUGAUAAUACUUAGUAAUUUCCGAGAAAAGGAAAAGGGGGGGGGGGGGGAGAGAGAGCGAGCUAAUGGAGCUGUGGUAGGCUCCUUCUCCUCUAUUCACCAAUCAUUGUUCCCGCUGUGAAGGUAGCCCCCUCCCCCUUCUCUUUCGCAAACACAUGCGUGUAUCCCCACACUUCUUACUUCUGUUUAUAUGUUUGCUUUCUGAAUGACGUCUUUUUUUUGCUGCAAUGAUCAAAGUAAUAUUUAUAAAUACCUACUUGCGGCUUUAACACAGGCCGUGUAAAUAACACUGUUUUCAAGAUUUCCAGUCUUAAAUGUUAAUUUCUCCACAUAAAAAUUCCCAAAAAAUGUGAUUAGUGCAAGGCAACAAUCUGACGAGUUUAAAAGUGACUGUGUUCAUGCAUUCAAUGCGUUAAGACUAAUGUGUGAACACUGCAACUGCAGAGUUACGUUAGAAAGAAAAGAUUCUGUUACAAAGCACUUAAAAAGUGACAAGUGUGAACACAAGGCAAAACUACUCUAGUGGUAAUGAUAUUGGACAGUGACCCUUCUGCACCAAUAUUCAUGACUUUAAAUAAAUGUUUCAACUCAAUGAACAUCAUUCUUAACAUGUCAGAAGAUGUAAUUUCACUAGUGAAAACGUGAAAACUAUUCCCGAACUCCAUCACUUUGAGAACACCGGUCAUUUCUAGGGUUACGAAUCCUGUAAAGAAGAUGUGCAAGGGAUUAACAAGACAGAAAAGCACAUAGAUAUGUUGAAAAUGCCGACUUCUCAGAGUAAAUCAGUUUGCACUAGCAGUCUGCAUGCUGUUUGUAGACCUACAAAAAAUGUUAUGACAGUGAAAGGUUUAAUUAGUCACUACAACUUGGUCAUCACAGACAAAAGGCAGUACCUGAAUGAAAGCAAUGUUGUGUUCACCAUGCUGUCUUUUGAUGACUAAAUUCAACACUUAACAGUUUGAAUUUUUAUGCACCUUUAGUUUUAAAAGAAGUAAGAUAAAACAGUUACAAAAUAUAAUUUCUGUGAAAUUAGUUGUAAGUAUUAGGUUAUGGUUUAAUGUUUUAAAAUUAAAUGCCAUCAAAUCAAAGUGAACUUAAAAAUAUAAUAUUUUUUGUUCGCUUUUAAGAAAUAAUAACCUCCCUUUUUUUCAGGUCUCUAGUUACGACUAAACACAAAUAUGUAUGAAGUUAAUAAAAGCCUAAAAAUAAUAUUGUCCUAAAAUUAAUAUUAUGGACUUAAAUGGUGAAAUUUUUGUUUGCUGGAUAUUUUUUAUCCCAAAACUUAAUUAAUUCUUUGGCAUUAAUGCCUUUAUAUAUAAAAUUAUAUUUGAUGAUGCAUGUAACACAGAUAUGCAAUACAGAUGGAGAUAUCACAAAUUCAAGUCACAAAUUCAGUUUGAUCGAGCUCCUUGCGUUAAUAUUGUUCAGGAGUUUCCCGGACAAUAUGAUGGGAUUUCAGGCGUUUGAAAUCCCAUCAUGAGUGAAAGAAAUAGCAUGAAAGUUGAUUAAAAAAAUAUGUAUAUAAAGUAAACACAAUUAAUUGUAGUUGGUUGUACUAUUUUGAGCCAUAAUUUAUUAGCCCUAGUACACUAAAAAAAUCCAAUUGAUAUAUAAAUCAAUUAGAAACUGCUGUUGCAUUGGUUCAGAACAACUCCACUAACAGUUAUUUGUGCCACCUGCCUUGAAGACAGGUCUGCACGUGACAUUGCAGCAAUGGCUUCGUUGUUCUGCACUCACCUCUUUCAAUCUUUUGCUAGUAGAGAUGACUUGACUUCACUAGCUUAUCUCACCUAUCCAUCCAUUUCUAAUGCUAUAUUGAUAACCACUCAAUACAUGCUCAAAAUGCAUUGCCAUACACACAAUGUCGGUCAAGCACAGUUUUGCACUUAUUUUUUUACACCUGAGGAGGUCUUUAUUUACUCUUUUGCUGAGUUAUUUUAUUCCUAAAUGUUUUCUUUUGAAACAAAUUUUCAACUCCAUUAAAUAUUCUUAAACUUUACUGCAAGUAGCCACAGAAAAUAAACUUUGUGCAUGUUUUGCGAAAACUUGUGCAUUACUCAAGUGACGAAACUCAGACUUUUUGUGAUAAUGAGACAUAAAAUAUCAUUUUGGUGAAAUGUUGCCAUCAAAAUUGUUACAUGUUUAAUAGUCAAAUUAAUUUUCUUGCAACAAAAUACUGAAAAUGGAUUUCUCUCGCUGCUUGCUAAAAGCGGACAUAAUCCUUGUUUAUGCUUUUAUCUUUUGAUCACAAUUAAAAGACUUGUGGGCCUUGUAUAGCAUUGUUUUAUUUGGGAGACGUCUGAAUUCUUAACACCCAAAAUGGACUUUCACCGCUUACUGAAAGAUAGUACAACUAUAAUGUUUAUAUAUUUGGUGAUAAGAGACAUGUUUGCCCUUUAAAAGUAUCUAUUUAGUAAGAAGAAGUACUGUAUUUAAAUUAAUGUUUCACUCACUGAUCAUUUAACAUUUCUCAAGAAACCAUUAAAGAAUAAUAAAUAUAUCAACAUUAUGAGAAUAAAUGUUGUGUCAGGCCUUUUUAUCGUAUGCACAUUAAAUUUGCAGAUAAUAUAUUUAUUAUGUUUGGUAUUUCAGUUAAAACUAUAUUGGAGUUGAAAAUCUGGUAAAAAUUCUAAUACAGCAUGGCUGUGUCAAUAUACUUUGUGUUAAAUGAUACCCAAGGUAAUAAGACCUGUCACACAAAAUUUUCAUUUCAGCUGUAUUACUUUCUCCAAAAACUACUGUAUUUUUUCCUCAGUUAUUUAAUGUUUUAUAAAGUUAUUUUUAGUGGGGAUUCUUUUUAAUUUUGCUAUUAUACAUAAUUCCUUAAAAUUGAAAUCCAUUAAGAAUCUAAGAAACUAUUUACGUGUGUCAACAUCUUGGUUGUUAAGAUGCAGGUUGUUAUUGUAACAUUGCUGGUGUUUGUGUGUGGCAGUGCAUUACGUGGCAAGCAAGCACUUGGUUUGCAAUGCGUGGUCAUUAGUCUCUCUGCUUGUGCUGCUCGCUGCAAAUCCCGGAGCAAGACGAGAUUUUGUUGAAGCGCACUUGCCGGCCCCAGACAUUUUGGUGAGUUGUGAUAGGGUGACAGCAUCAUGUUUCCUCGCCGGUGAGGACCGAAACAUGGAACGUCUCCGUCACCUUAAGUUACUGCUUGGUUUGAACUUUGAUUUUGUGUUUGCCAAAAGUGCAAUGUUCGUUACAUUACAAUUGAAAACCACUGUGUAAAAAAAAUGUAAUGCUUUACCUCAGUAUAUUUGUUGUCUUUAUAAAACAAAAUGUGAAAGUAAAGCAAGAAAAAUUCACUGAUGCUAUCUGCAUUCCAGUAAACACUCUGCUCUUUGGUCACAGUUGGAUACAAACGAUUGUAUUCUUUCUGUCUAUUAUGUAUUGACAGGUAUGAAUCUAUUGAUCAACCAGCAAGUGAAUUGUAACGUAAAGACGUACAUAUUCUUUACUUACAUUCUUAAUCUGAUUCAAUCAGAACUAAAAAGGGCCGCUCACUGUAGGCAGCCAUUAUAGUUAAACACUCUUUCAAUAGCAUGCAUGGAACUAGUUUUCCUGCAUUGCUGCCAGUUUGAGGAGAAGAAUAUGAAAAUGUUUUGUUGACUUACGGUAGACAAUACUUAUUUUAAAUGUUGCAUUAUAGUUGGAAGUAUAAAAUAAAAGUAUCCCAGAAGAAAACAUUACCAAUGUAAUGGAAGCCUGAAACUCCAUUUUUUUUUUAUUAUUAGUGUAAUAUACCUUCCACAUUCUCCCUUCUUCCCCACCCCAAUUUUUUUUUUUAUAACUUGUUCAUCCAUAGGUAAAUCAUGGAAGUCUAUCAUUUUUUAAUUUAGAAGUAUCAGAUCCUAAUUGUGAUUUCUCCCCCUUGCUAUUCUUUGGAAGUACUUGAUUACUGGUUAAAGUAAGCUCUUUAUAGAGUGCAUGUAGUGCAAAUUCUUAUUUCUCAACCUUUUUUUCUUCAUGGUAUUUGUGUGUUUUGAAAGUAGGUUCUUAAGACUUAUGAAGUGCAUGUGACAUUAUUGAAAUUUUUUCAAGUUUCAGCCCUGAUUAAAUAUAUAUUGCUAAUAUCUUAUGUUUAGGGGGCAUAAUAUUAAACGUUUUUAAGCUAAUGCCAAGAAAUAUUUCAAAUUCUUAGUAAUAUACAAGAUGAGCACAUAAGAUCAGUACACUUUCAAAAAAUCAUAAAAAUUUAACGUUGCAGCAGAUUCUCCUGAAACAUUUUUCAGUCAAUAGAGAAUAUCUGAAAGUUACUUUACUAGUUACAGUCACUCAAUAUGCGCUCCUCCAGUUACGUGGCAAACAUCGAGGUGGUAUUCAAACUCAUCCCACACUGUGUAAUGUGUCGGCAGCGAUGGCGGUGAUGCACUCAAUUGCCACUAGAAUUUGCUGUCUCAGAUCUGGCAAAGAUAGCGGCAGAGGUGGCACAAACGCUUUGUCUUUGACAACCCCUAAGAAGUAAAUCGCAGGGGGUUAAGUUUGAUGAUCGCGGUGGCUAUCUGGCCCACACUGCAUCAUCGACACUUGCACGAACGAGCCAUCUUCUAGGGAUAUGUGUGUUUAGGUGUUCCCUCUUGUAAAAUAAAGUCGUUUGAAUCUUCUCCCAAUGAGGCAGAAGCCACAAGGUAAGCAUGUUGAGGUAGGAAUGACCUGUGACAGUUUCUUCAAUGAAAAAGAAGGGCCCAUUGAAUCAUCUCCCUCAAUAUGGCACAGAAUACGUUUACUUUUGGGGAAUCUCUCUCAUGCUCGAUAGUGAUAUGAGGAUUUUCCUUUCCUCUAAAACGCACAUUUUGGCUAUUCACUUUGCCAUUCCUGUGUAACUUGUCAUUGAAAAUUAACCUUAUGGGUAGGUUGUUGUGGCAUAUCCUCACUAGCACCUCUGAGCAGAAUGUGUAACUUGCAUCAUAAUCAUUUGUUUGAGUGCCUGGACCAACGGUUUCAUCCGCAAAUGUUUGUGCAAGAUUUUCAAUACUGUUGUUUGGGGCAUCUGCAGUUCAACGACUUGCUCACCUAGUGGAUUUCUUUGGGCUACGCAAAAAUGAUUCUCGAAAGCGGUCCACAUCUUCUGGCACAGAGGGUAGACCACAAGUCUUGCCUUUGCAAAUGCUUCCUUUCUCUGGAAACUUCUUGUACCAGACUUAAAUGGAUAACUGGCUUGAUGGUUUUGCAUUAAAAUGUCCACAAAAUUCAUGUUGUACAACAGUUACUGACUCUCUUUUCGCUAACUGAAGCACACACCAACUCUUCUGCUGUGCAGUAGGCACCAUUAUAAACUCUACCUGUUUAUAGCAACCUACAAAUCCAAACCUUUUGAUGGAAAUAAAACUUUCAGGUAUUCUCUAUUGGUUGAAAGAAGUUUCAGAUAAAUCAUCCACACCAUUUAGUUUUUAUGAUUUUUCUGAAAGUGUACUGAUCAUUUGUGCUCAUCCUGUAUAUUAAAUCUGAGUGGAUCGCGAUGGCUUUGGGCUGAUCUCUAUAUCGUAAAUCUUGCGUGCCAUUAAAGGGAAAGAAUAUUUAAAUCAUAAAAAUCAUAUUUAAAAAAUUUAGAAAGAGAUUUUUUGUUUGGGAUACUAGGACAGAAGUGGCCUCAACCCAGAGGCCGAGUUACAUGUAAUGAGUGCUGUACUUUGGAAAUCCUGCAUGCACAUUUGUGCAGGUGGAUGAUGAGCAUACAGUAAAACCCUCGAGGGUCUCACCUACCUGGGUGCACACAAGGUGUGCAGAGUUCCAGAAAAAACCACAUCAUUUAGUAACUGCUCUAGAUAUCCGAGUGGUGUUUGUUUAUGAAAAGCAUUUUUAAACAUCCUGAGGGCAGAGAAAUCAUUUUGUUUCUUGAUUUUGUUUCUAAACAGUAUUUUUAGAAACGUGGAAAUGGCUAAAAUGUAUGUUUGCAGAAUAAUUUGUAGUCAUGGAAAUAUCCAGACAGAUUCUUGAAAGUACUUGAGGGACUUGUAUCAUACCUUUAUCUUCAUUUAUCUGCAGUAUAAUGUUAUGGUUACAUUAAAAACAUCAUGGUUGCCCUAGGCAAUAUGAGAAGACUGCGCGCUAGUUCAGAGUAUUGUGAUUAGAGGCAAUAUUGAGCUAGAAGUACCAGCAAGCAUUGACCUUAUCAUUCCUCCUCACUAAAAAAAAAAAUAGGCGAGCACCUUAAGAAAAUCACUCUUAAAAAAAAUUUCUUGCAUAAUAUGUUAAAAAAAUGUAGUACUUAACAUAUUAAUAUAUACACAUUUACCCUUUAGAUAAGUUCCCUGUUAAUAAGUCAAAAUUUCUAAGUAACUUAAUAAAUUUCUUAAUAGGGAUUUUCUUUAUUUGUAAGACUUUUGAGUUUACUUAAAGCUGGAACACAUUCUGUGGUUUCAUUGUUAAUCUUAAUGUGGCAGUUCAACUUUCAGACAAGUAUCCAUAGUAGAUUAGUAAAUUCCUAUACAUUUUCUAUAUUGGAGUUAAACUGCUUGAUUUCUAAGCUCACUGCCAUUAUUUUCAAAAGGAUAUCUGUUAAAUCUUAGGUACAACCCAUGGUCAUCUAACAGUGUAAUGUGUUCUAGUGAUAUAUAUUUAGUUGCAGUUCACAGUUAUUUCGCUCGCCAUAUACCACUUGGGUUUUAAUUUUUUAAAAUAUUUAUUGCAUGCACAUGGAUAUUUUAAAAGCUUCCUCUUUGUACAUUAGUUUUACAUGUAAUUGUAAUUGGAAUGGUCGUACCAUUUAUUGUUAGUAAUUGGUAGAAAUUUACGAGCCAAUUUUUUUUUUCCUGGCUGUAUUAUUAUAUUGUGUAUUUUAUGAUGGAUAUAGUUGAUUGUGUGCUAAAUUUAGUGUAGAAGUACUUAUCUUGGGAAAAUGCAGUUCAAAACAUUCAGAAUAAAGUUCACUGGCAUGUAAUGGAUAUUUGUCUGACAAAUUAUGAUAUAAAUUCAAAGAUAAAAAAAUUGACUACUCAGCAAUUAAAUCAUACAUUUGAUCUUGAUUUUCUAAUCCUUGUUACCGCAUUUAAAUAAGAAGCUUUUAAUUAUCUAUUACCUAGUUCUACUAUGUGUCAUUAUUGCUUGCUUGUCUUUUUCUUAUCCACAGUUAAGGAUUAACAAUUAUAUUUCCAUAAUAAGGAUUGAUUGGUAGGUUUUGUCUGAAAAUUAUUUGGCAGAAGCACUGUGCAAUAUCUUCCUAUUCAACCAAAUGUAUUGCCACAAUACCACUUUACUUUGUUGUUUUAUUUUAUUUGAAUAUAUCAACCUGCAUGGUGAUAGUAUAUGAUUCAUUAUUAGUGAUUGUAUUUGUCAAACUGGGCACCAUCCCCUCUUGAGUUUUCAGUGAACAAUAUUUCAUUUUUAAUUUUACAAAAAAAAAAAAAAAGAAGAAGCUUAGCUCAACAACUCUUAAUUUCAAUAGAAAAAUAGAACUGCUACUUUUUAAAGUAAUUUUUUUUAUUUAAAUGUUUUUACAUUUGUGAUAAAAUAUAUAAUAUUUAGGGUUGCUCAUUACAAAAUAUAUUGCUAUUUCUUUUAGUUAUUUUAGAUAAUAGUAUUAAAGAACAAAGAGGUGUGUUCAAAUUAGUUUUUUUUUGUGUUCUUGAUAUACUUCAUAAAUUAUUUUGCUUGUACAAAUUUUUGAAGUGAAACUUCUUUGCUGAGGGGGCUCCAAUUUUUGAGCAUUCUGAACAUUUGUAUCCCAUGAGGGGAAUAGUUAGGUAAGUGGUGGGGGGAACUGGUAGAGGAGGAGAAUGCAUCAGCAGCGACGCCACUCAAACGCAUGCACCAAUGGUUUAAUUUGGGGGGGGGGGGGGGAAAUGACAAGAAAAAAGGUGGGAGGGAUAGAUUCAUAGUGUAGCAUGCUAUAUGCUAUUUGUAAUGGCCGGAAGGGGAGGCAGCAGGGGAGAGAUAAAAAUGAUGCAGCAGUGAUGCUAUGGAAUUCUCAUAACGCUGCUUGAGUUUGUCUGCUCCUUAUUUUUCAUAACGGCUAACAAUUGACUCUACCAUAUUUCUUUUAUUUAAUUUAAAAUAUCUACAAUUUAUUUUUUAGUGUGGAAGAGAAUUAUUGAUCUGUGCAAUUAGCUUUAUAAAUAUCAUUCAUUUUUAUGUGACUAUUGUGAUUCCAAUUGAAAUAAAUAUGUAUAGACUUAAAGGUUAGCUACAUAAGUAUAAUUUAUUUUUGGUAUUGAACACUGUAAUUUGAAAUGUCAAAGGACUUAUAGACUUGUGAGAUAAACUUUAUAAGUAUAAUUUAUGUUCCAUUGGAGUGUUUUUUGUUAUAUAAUUUUACGAAAUUAGAGAUAAUGAUUUAACAUCAUGCCUAAAAAUAAUUUUAAAAAAAGGCAGAAGCAGGUACAUAUUUUCAAAGACAACGUGGGAAUAAACCGCCAAAAAGUACCAGUGAAUGGAUGCGAGAGUACUUCUGCGGGAAAAAAGCAUUGUUUUUCACUUGAGAUCAUACUGGCGUCCUUACUAUUCUCAAUUAUUAUCUCUUGUUCAAUUUAAAAAAAUUAGUAAUUUAUCUCUAUCUAUAACUAGUGAGCAAGAAGUUUCACUUCUGCUGCGCGUGGUCUCCACGCACAUAUUUUUGGCAGUGAUUUUGAUUGUCUUUUUGUUUGAUUGUCUGUAAAUUGUUUUAUCACUUCAAUACAAUAAACAUAUAAACUUGAUAGGCAUAUGCAUUUAUAAAUAUGCAUUCUUGCUGUAUACUGUUUAGAUUCCUGCCGUAUACUGUUUUGAAUAACUGUUCCUAUGUUGACUUUGUCAUUAAACUGCUUAAUUUCAAGAUUUUAUUCAUAAAUCUCUAAACAUGUGGUUUUUGCAAAAUCCAAAAAAAAAAAAACUUUACUUUCAGCUAGCAUUGCUUGUUUCCAAAUUUCGCAAUGCUAAACGGGUGUGUUUUCCAGUAUGUUCAUACUUUUUAUAAUGAGGUUUAAAGUUUAAUUUUUUUUUCUGUUAUGUGUUUGCUACAAGGCAUUUUGCUUUACAAUGCAAACUUGCAGGCUCUCUAUAAAAUUCUGUUACAUUUACUUGUGAUCCAGUUUUUAACACAGAGAAACUGUAGACCAAUUUGAAAAUGAAGCUUGUAACUAACUGUGUGUAAAAUGGUUCGUAGAUAAUUUCUUCUCCAAGGGCAAUUUAGUGUCAAAAUUCUAUUGGUGACAAUUAUACCAUGACCAUUCAUAACUACAGACUCUGGUAGUAUUCAUCCAUUAAUGGCAUUCAUUAGCUUAGUGUUUGAGGGUGCUACCUUUGUAGUUUUGGUUUCUUGGUUUUUACCCUCCUGUAUAUGAACCGCAUGUUGUCCAUUCACAUUAGCUUCAUAUUUAUUGAAUCGAAACCCUCUCUUAAACUAAACUUAUAAAUUUGUGUUAUGUUGUUGAAGUAGUUUGCUUAUUUAAAAAAAUUUAUGUUGUUUGUAGCAUUAAAUUACUGCACUACUUUGGUUAAAUGCAGCCUAAAAAUUUUGAAUUUGAAGAGAUUUUGUUUUAGUCAUGAUGAAUUUAAAAUUAUGUUAGAAACCACAUUUUGUAUAUGGGACUACUAAGCUAGGAAUAAUGAUAUUUAAAUUGUUAAAUUUUGGUUGUUGGUAAUGUAAUGUUCUUUUUCCAACUUAUUUAAUUUUCAAGCAGCACUGGUAAAAACAAAUACAAUUGUCAUUGAUUAAAAAAAAUUUAUGUUGGUAGUUUGCAUAUUCCAGGGGUGUUGAACUGGACCGAUGUAUGGGCCAUACAACCUUAUUAAGAAAGCAUGAUUAAGCUAGUGAUCAAGACAGACAUUGUCAACUUACUAAUUUUAAUAUUUUUAUCAGAAUUUAUAUGUGUGUGUAUGUAUAAUUUAAUCAUAAAAUUACAUUAUUGAAUGUGGUACAAAAAUAAUAUGUUAGUGAGAGGUGGCAAGAACAAGCAUACGCUAUGCAAGAGUCAUAAUGGCAUCUCACAUUUUCUUUUAUCAUAGAAACAACUGCUUAGCAAAUAAGACACGUAGGCUAUAAGACAUGAAGCACUGAAAAGUCACUAAUAAUAUACACACUUGCAUGCUUCAUGUCUUAUAGUCUAUGUAUCUUAUUUGUUAAGCAGUUGUUUCUAUGGUAAAAGAAAAUGAGAUGCCAUUAUGACUCUUGCAUAGCGAACACUUGUUCUGGCCACCUACCUCUCCGUAACAUAUUAUUUUUGUUCCACAUUCAGUAAUGUAAUGUAUGUUUAUGAUCAAUUAUUUUUAUAUAAAUUCAGAUAAAAAUACCAAAAGCACAUCCAUUGAUUCUAUGUUUGAUGCGUUAUCGUUGGGUUGGGCUGAUGUAGAUGGCUUCAGCGCUCGAGGCUUCGUAUUUCGUCAUGCGCGCUCACCACUCUGGGCCACCUGGGCCAAUUCCAUUGCAUUUUCCUGGGCUUCUUUCUUUCUUAAUCGAUAGAGCCGACAUCACUCUGCAUUAGGAAGUCUAGGUGGCCGGUUAUAAAUGGGUGUCACUCGUUGCUUCUUCUAUUUCUUCACUUUUGGUUUGGGCAUUAUCCCUUGCUGCUUGUGUAAAAAAAAAUAUUUUGCUUGAAAUAUUAAAGUUUUUUUUUUUAAAUAUGCAGUGUACACUUUAAUGUAAAGAAUAAAAAAAAAGUUGUUUGGAGCAAAUCAACUAAGUACUUUCGUUGGACUGAACGCUAGCUGCACCUACUAAGUGUUUUAGCGAUCGCUGCUGCGCAGUUAUAUCAUUGUGGUGUAUGCAGGGGAAUGUUGGCGCCAUAGUUUAUCAUUGCCAUCAAAGCCAGUUUUACGAUAGUGUACUAUACAUUUUUCAACUCAAGACACAAAUUUUGUUUUAGCUCUUGUCAUUGGAACAAGAAAAGUAACUAAAGACUGUAUCUGCACACAAGAAAUGCUGGUAUUAGCUAUAUUACUUAUCAAGGAUUGGCCAAUCAAAUCCUCACAUACCAUCAAAUUCUUAGUAUUUGAAUUAUUAGAUAGGUAUUUUAGGAAAACUAUUUGAAAAAAAAUAUUAGAGUAAAUAAAGUAAAUUUAAACAAUUCAAUACUGAUAACCUCUGAAGUUUACUAAAGAAAUUUUUUUCUUCAUACCUAUCCUGUUACCAUUACCUAAGAUAUUGUAUUACAACAUGUAAUUAUAUAAAUAAAAUAACAAUAUGUAUUGAUUCUGGAAACUUAGUUUGUAAAACAAACAUUUAAAUGGUUAAAUAUUUCAACACCAUAGUUAAAAUUUUAAUUUCUUGUGCAUUAUUUUAAUUUUGACCCUUGAGACCUUGAUUAGGACUCCAGGAGUAUAUUCGAGGUACUGUUUGGGAUUCAAAUUAGAGAUUUUGAUUCGAGAACAUUGAGAUUUGGCCCACCACUAUUACGUAAUAUAUUUUUUGUUUUGGAUAAAAUUUAAAGUUGAAACUAAGACAUUGAGGUAGCACUUAUAGAAACUUUGUAUUUUGCAGCGGACCAUAAUUAAAGCUAUCGCGAUUCAUAUGUUUGACACCCCUGGUUUAGUGUAUGGAGACGUAUAUUAAAUUGGUUUAUAACAUCUGUGGUGAGAAAACACCACUUGUGUAUUCUUGCAACUAUUUAAACACAUUAGAUAGCUUUUUUUUUAAAGCUGUGAUAUAGAUUGCAAUAACAGGGCAUUGGCACUCAUUCUUGUCUCCCAAAGAAAAAUAUAAGUUAAAAAAAUUGUAUGUGGUGGAAGAACACUAGUGGUUAACCUAAACGUAUUACUUUAGUAGAAUGCACUGUAAUUAAAAUUGCAGCUAGUGGCUGUAGUUUCGCAACAGGUGGCAGUGUGGCACAUUGUUUUUACAAACAAUUGGUGUGGCACCACUGUAACAAAUCUCUUAUCUAUUGUCAACACAUCUGCUGAGAAAAAUGUAGCAUGUAAAUAGGUUUUUAGCACCUAGCAGAGAGCUGGAAGGCCUUACAUUGUUAAGAAUAUUAAUUGUGUUUUGUGGAUACUAAACCGUCUAAUAUUCUCUUUAAUUAUUGUGAGCUAAUUUAUUUAUGUAUUAAAUAAUUUAAUUCACUUUUGAGUUUAAAAUUAUUUGCUAUUACAUUAAACUUACAUGCUCUCUGAUAACAUUUUGACAGGUCAGUUACAAAAAAAGCUCAGAUUUAUAAAUUAUGCUGCAUUUUAAUUAGUGCUUAUGCAGUGAAAAGGUAGAGCAAAAAAUACAUAAUAAUUUUAUGGAUUCUACUGGAGAGACCAAAAAUACCAGCCAUGUGUUUUCUUGUUCUUAGUGUUGGUAAUUUUUGUAAGGUUUGUUAAUUUUUUUAUUUUAAAAAUGUGUUGGUUUUGCAAUGACAACAAUUUUAUUAAUUGUAAUUAUGAAACAGUUUGUAAUAACCAUAAAGGUUAAAAAUAUCAAAUAAUUAUAUUAAAAUUGUAUAUUAGUUGUAUUAUUCUACAUUUUCUGUUAGGCAGUUAUAUUCAACUAUUUUUUUUUGUGUACAUCUGUUUAUAACACUAUCAGAGUCAUUCACAAAGGUACUGUUAAUAUGUCUCUUUUUUGUAAGACAAAUGGUGAAGAAAGAACAGUUCACUGUAAGAGCAGACAGUAAGUGUUUUUAAAUUUAUAUUGACAACAGAAUAAAUCUAAUAAGUACCUUUUGUUUAUCUGAUAGUACUUUUUAAAAGCAGUAAAUGUGAUAUGAUUCUUUAGUGUAAUUUUUAUAUUGUAAAUAUAUGUAAAUGGUGAAUAUUCACAUGGUGAAAAUGUAUAUGUAAUAACAUUAUAAGUAUGAAUUUAGUGUAUUAGGUAUACUUGUUUUAAUUGUUUAUUUAUACUUUUAGAAAAAUAUUUUCAUCCAAUGAAAAUAAUUGUAAAUAAUGAAUAAACCAUGAAAUUGAAAAUGAACUCUGUUGUUAAUUACACAAUGCAUGAUAAAGUUACAGCAACAUCUCAUCAGAGUUGACUGCUGAGUUUUAAGAUUGUGUGAAAUGAGUUGGCAUAGUGCUGCAUCAAGAUUGAGUAGUGAGAUGACGAAACAUUUUCCAGUGGAAACACACACACACUCAAGUUUUAUAGCAUGUUGAAUAACCCAUAAAUAUUGAAAGCUUUGUAUAACUUUCUCAGGUUAACUCUGCACUUUGUGGCCAUGAAAUGUUUAUGUGGGAACGGUAUGAAUGUUAUGUGUCAAGGACUUGUUUGAUUUCUAAUGCGCGAUUUACACACACACACACACACACACACACACACACACACACACACACGGUGAAUGAAUUACAAAAUAUGUUUUGUAAAAAAAACUUAAUAUUUUACCAGAAUGUGUGUGAGAGUAUGUUUUACUAUCCUGGAAUCAGUAUUAACAUCAAUAUAAGCAAACUUGUUAUAUUUUGUUUUGUACAAGGUGCAGCAAAUUGUUUUCUUGUGAAUGUGUUUAAAUAAAGUUAUUUUAUUUCUUAA